CAAAUCAUAACCUCAAAAUUAAACGUCAAAUUGCUCACCUCUUUAUCAAUGUGGUUAUAAACUUUUCGUGUUCUACUUUGCAAUUAACUAUAAGCAUAGCAAAACUGGUGUUUACAAUUCGUAGUGAGUGAUUAGUGUUGAAAUGGGACCUCCGAAACGUUAUAACUCUGGCAAAUCUGAAGGUAAGUCGAAAAAACGUAAAAAGGAAGAGGAUGAAGUUUGGACGUAUGAAGAAGAUGAUAUAAAUGAAUCUGAAGGGGCUGAUGUACCCGGGGCAGCGGAGAGAAAUGCGGAAAAUAACGAUCAAUCCGCGCUUGAGGAUGAAUUUGGGGCGAAAGAUUAUCGUUCACAAAUGACUUUGAAACCGGAUAACGCCUCUCGGCCUCUUUGGGUCGCCCCAAAUGGGCAUAUAUUUUUGGAGUCUUUUUCCCCAGUUUAUAAACAUGCGCACGAUUUUUUAAUUGCAAUAGCUGAACCAGUUUGUCGCCCAGAAUUUAUUCAUGAGUAUAAACUAACAGCCUAUUCUUUGUAUGCUGCUGUAAGUGUGGGGUUGCAAACACAUGAUAUCAUUGAAUACUUAAAAAGAUUAAGCAAAACAACCGUUCCUGACGGGAUUGUCGAGUUCAUUAAACUAUGUACAUUAUCAUAUGGAAAGAUUAAGUUAGUUUUGAAGCAUAAUAGAUACUUUGUUGAGAGCCCUUUUCCAGAAGUGUUACAAAAACUGCUUAAAGAUCCAGUUAUUCAAGAAUGCAGGAAGAAACGAGAUGUUGAGCUUGAAGGAGAUGAAGAGUUUAUCACCCAAGUUCAAGAUAAAAAGAAUGUUCCUAAUUUUGGAAAACCUGGGACAUCAUCAACUGAAACAGGAGAAGGUGGAACUGUUGUUCCUGAUGAUAUAACAAAUUUUUAUGAUAAAAUGGAUAAUGAAGAAGAUGAAGAUGAAUCUGCUUUAAAAACAGUUUCUUUUGAAGUUAACCAAGAAAAAAUUGAGGUUAUCCAAAAAAGAUGCAUUGAAUUAGAAUACCCAUUAUUAGCGGAAUACGAUUUUCGAAACGACACAAACAACCCUGACAUUAACAUCGAUUUAAAACCAUCAGCUGUGUUGAGACCUUACCAAGAAAAAAGUUUACGAAAAAUGUUUGGCAAUGGAAGAGCAAGAUCAGGAGUUAUUGUACUUCCGUGCGGCGCGGGAAAAUCAUUAGUUGGAGUCACAGCUUGUUGUACAGUAAGAAAAAGGGCCUUAGUCUUAUGCAACUCUGGAGUUUCUGUUGAGCAAUGGAAACAACAAUUUAAAAUGUGGUCAACAGCUGAUGACUCCAUGAUAUGCAGAUUUACAUCAGAAGCAAAAGAUAAACCAAUGGGAUGUGGAAUUUUAGUCACAACCUAUUCAAUGAUAACACAUACCCAAAAAAGAUCAUGGGAAGCCGAACAAACCAUGAAAUGGUUACAAGAUCAAGAAUGGGGAAUCAUGGUUUUAGAUGAAGUCCACACAAUUCCAGCAAAAAUGUUUCGAAGAGUUUUAACAAUUGUACAAUCUCAUUGUAAAUUAGGAUUAACAGCUACAUUAUUGCGUGAAGAUGACAAAAUCGCAGAUUUAAAUUUUUUAAUUGGCCCAAAACUCUAUGAAGCCAACUGGUUGGAACUACAAAAAAGAGGUUUUAUUGCCCGAGUACAAUGCGCGGAAGUUUGGUGUCCAAUGACACCAGAAUUUUACAGAGAGUAUUUAACUUGUAAAUCAAGUAAACGCCUCUUAUUAUUCGUAAUGAAUCCAAAUAAAUUUCGAGCGACUCAAUAUUUAAUAAGAUACCACGAAAGAAGAGGUGAUAAAACUAUCGUUUUCUCCGAUAAUGUUUUCGCUUUAAAACAUUACGCAAUUAAAAUGAAUAAACCGUAUAUUUACGGGCCGACAUCUCAAGGAGAGCGAAUUCAAAUCUUACAAAACUUUAAAUUCAAUCCGAAAGUUAACACAAUUUUUGUAAGUAAAGUCGCGGAUACAUCUUUUGAUUUGCCUGAAGCUAACGUUCUCAUUCAAAUCUCUUCUCAUGGUGGUUCAAGAAGACAAGAAGCUCAAAGAUUAGGUCGUAUUUUAAGAGCUAAAAAAGGUGCCAUAGCCGAAGAAUACAAUGCGUUCUUUUACACAUUAGUUUCUCAAGAUACUAUGGAAAUGAAUUAUUCAAAAAGAAGACAAAGAUUUUUGGUUAAUCAAGGUUAUAGUUAUAAAGUUAUUACCAAAUUAGCUGGAAUGAAUGAAGAACCAGAUUUAAUGUACAAAACUCGAGAUGAACAAGGCCAGUUGCUACAACAAGUUUUAGCUGCUAGUGAUAUUGAUUGUGAAGAUGAACGUAUUCCUGGUGAAGGCGUUUCUAGAAGUGGAGCAGGCGGAAAUCGUCGUAUUGGACACAUGGGGUCGAUGUCUGGAGCCGAUGACGCCGUUUAUUAUGAGUAUAAGAAAAGCGCUGCUUCUUCAACAGCUAAUAAACAUCCGUUAUUUAAGAAAUUCAGAUAUACUUAGUUAUAAGAUUUUUUU